AUGAAGUACCGAGCUAUUGUUGUAAGCAAGAGAAUGACGCCCUUUGGAAAGGACCAGAACAGUGUCAGUUCCGAGAUCAUGCCGGCCGAAAGAAUUAUUGAAGACAACCCCCUUGGGUCUCUCUGCAGAGGUAUUUUGGACCUCAAUACCUACAAUGUCGUGAAGGCCGCUCAGGGGAAAAACCAGAAACCAUUCAUCUUCAUCCUGGAGCCCAAGAAGCAGGGGGACCCUCCCAUGGAGUUCGCCACAGACCGUGUGGAGGAGCUGUUCGAAUGGUUUCAGAGCAUCCGGGAGAUCACGUGGAAGAUGGAUACAAAGGAGAACAACAUGAGGUACUGGGAAAAGAACCAGUCCAUCGCCAUUGAGCUCUCCGGCCUGGUUGUCUACUGCAAGCCAACCAGCAAAACCAAGGACCAUUUGGAAAACCCCGACUUCCGAGAAAUCCGCUCCUUCGUAGAGAUGAAGGCCAACAGCAUUGUCAGACAGAAGCUGGGAGAUCUCCUGUGGUACAAUCACAAGGGCCUGACCCGAGUCUACCCAAAGGGACAGAGAGUUGACUCUUCAAACUAUGACCCCUUCCGGCUAUGGCUCUGUGGCUCCCAGAUGGUAGCGCUCAAUUUCCAGACUGCAGACAAGUACAUGCAAAUGAACCAUGCGUUGUUUUCGCUCAAUGGGCGGACGGGCUACGUCCUGCAGCCCGAGAGCAUGCGGUCUGACAAGUACGACCCGAUGUCCCCAGAGUCGCAAAGGAAGAUCUUGAUGACUCUCACCGUCAAGGUUCUUGGCGCACGCCACCUCCCCAAACUUGGGCGGAGUAUUGCCUGUCCCUUUGUAGAGGUGGAAAUCUGUGGAGCCGAAUAUGACAACAACAAGUUUAAGACAACGGUUGUGACAACUCCUUCAAGAUCCCAACAUGCGCUGACCCUGCCAUGUGCCGACCACCAUGCCAAGGUGGGGCUGUGGUCUGAGGAAAGUGCUGCAGGUGUUUGGAUUCACUCUGAGAUGGACAUCAUGGAGAUAAAGGAAAUCUGCCCAGGGAGGAGCUGUAAGGACUUCGAGCGUGCCAAGGCCGUCCAUCACCAAGAGGACUGCUGCUUCACCAUCCUCUAUGGCACCCAGUUCGUCCUCAACACGCUCAGUCUGGCAACCGACUCGAAGGAGGACGCAGUGAAGUGGUUGUCUGGCUUGAAGAUCCUCCACCAGGAAGCCAUGAGCGCAUCUACUCCCACCAUGAUCGAGAGUUGGCUGAGAAAGCAGAUUUAUUCAGUGGAUCAAACCAGAAGAAACAGGUCCUGCUGCUGCUGUGGCAACACGGAAAAUCAGAAAAUCCACCUUUUCCGAGAGACCCUAGAGACAUUUUCAAAAGAACCUUUGGCCGAAGCACCCCAGAAAGAGCAGCUGACACAAGAAAUCUGUGCACACAAAGACGACCUCAGUUUUGAACAGUUCCAUCUCUUCUAUAAAAAACUUAUGUUUGAGCAGCAAAAAUCGAUACUCGACGAAUUCAAGAAGGACUCCUCUGUGUUCAUCCUGGGGAACACAGACCGGCCAGAUGCAUCUGCUGUCUACCUGCAGGACUUCCAGAGGUUUCUCUUACAUGAACAGCAGGAGCUUUGGGCUCAGGAUUUAAGCAAAGUCCGGGAGCGGAUGACCAAGUUUAUUGACGAUACGAUGAGGGAAACCUCAGAGCCCUUCUUGUUUGUGGAUGAGUUCCUCACAUACCUGUUCUCAUGAGAAAACAGCAUCUGGGAUGAGAAAUACAACGUGGUGGACAUGCAGGACAUGAACAACCCCUUGUACCUCACCAGGGACCAGCUGCGCAGCGAGUCGUCCAUAGAGGCGUACAUCCGCUGCCUGCGUGCCGGCUGCCAUUGCAUUGAAUUGGGCUGCUUGGAUGGGCCUGAUGGAAAACCCAUCAUCUACCACGGCUGGACGCGGACCACCAAGAUCAAGUUUGAUGAUGUUGUGCAAGCCAUCCGGGACCAUGCCUUUGUUUCCUCCAGCUUCCCUGUGAUCCUGUCCAUCGAGGAGCACUGCAGCGUCGAGCAGCAGCGCCACAUGGCUAAGGUGUUCAAGGAGGUGUUGGGAGAUCUGCUGCUGACAAAGCCCACGGAGGCCAGUGCCGACCAGCUGCCCUCACCCUGCCAGCUGCGAGAGAAGAUCAUCAUCAAGAAAUGGACUCGCCACUACUGUGCCAUUGCUGACGCCAAGCUGUCCUUUAGCGAUGACAUUGAACAGAAUGUGGAGGAGGAGCUGGUUCAGGAUACUCCCCCUACAGAGCUGCAUUUUGGGAAGAAGUGGUUCCAUAAGAAGGUGGAGAGGAGGACCAGCGCUGAAAAACUCCUGCAGGAGUACUGUGCCGAGAUGGGGGCCAAGGACGGCACCUUCCUGGUGCAGGAGAGCGAGACCUUCCCCAACGACUACACCUUGUCUUUCUGGCGGUCAGGCCGUGUGCAGCACUGCAGGAUCCGCUCCACCAUGGAAGGCGGAACCAUGAAGUACUACCUGACAGACAACACCAUGUUCAACAGCAUCUACGCCCUCAUUCAGCACUACCGGGAAACACACCUGCAUUGUGCGGAGUUCGAGCUUCGGCUUACCGACCCAGUGCCCAACCCCAACCCGCAUGAGUCUAAGCCAUGGUACUACGACAGGCUGAGCCGGGGGGAGGCAGAGGACAUGCUGAUGUGGAUCCCCAGAGAUGGAGCCUUCCUCAUCCGGAAGCGGGAGGGGACUGACUCCUACGUCAUCACCUUCAGGUAG